ACGUCAGCGCGCUGUCUCCAAACCCCGGCAGCAAAUGAGCGCAGACCGCACGGGCCCUCCGCGUACCAAGGCACACGCAUGCGCGUUGGUUCUGGGAGCCCUGAAGACCUGGCGGAGCCCAGCGCGGAUGGAGGCCUGAGGGUGGCGGGGGCGGAGCGCGCCGCGAGCUGGGGGCAUGUCCGCGGCGGGCGCCGUCUAGAGGAAGGCCAAGAAGCCGCCACCACGCUGUCGGUCGCGGAGAGACGCAAGCGAGCCAGGCCGAGGGCCGCGGCGGCGAUGCAGCGACGGCGUCGCCCUCCGCCGCCCACCUCCCGGCUGCCCGAGGGCUGCGGGGGAGGAGGCGGUGGCAGCGAGGAGGUGGAAGUGCAGUUUUCCGCUGGGCGUUGGGGCUCGGCCGCGGCGGUUUCGGCGGCAGCGGCGGCGGCCACGCGCAGCACCGAGGAGGAGGAGGAGAGGCUUGAGCGUGAGCACUUCUGGAAGAUCAUUAAUGCCUUCCGCUACUACGGCACCAGUAUGCAUGAGCGAGUGAACCGAACAGAAAGACAGUUUCGAUCACUUCCAGCUAACCAACAGAAACUACUUCCUCAGUUUCUUCUUCACUUGGACAAGAUCCGGAAAUGCAUUGAUCAUAAUCAAGAAAUACUACUGACCAUUGUGAAUGAUUGCAUACAUAUGUUUGAAAAUAAAGAAUAUGGAGAAGAUGGGAAUGGAAAGAUUAUGCCAGCAUCUACAUUUGACAUGGAUAAGUUAAAAUCCACGUUGAAACAGUUUGUGAGAGACUGGAGUGAAACUGGGAAAGCAGAAAGGGAUGCCUGUUACCAGCCAAUCAUUAAAGAAAUUUUAAAAAAUUUUCCAAAAGAGAGAUGGGAUCCUUCUAAAGUAAAUAUUCUGGUACCUGGUGCUGGACUAGGAAGACUGGCCUGGGAAAUAGCUAUGCUAGGUUAUGCUUGUCAAGGAAAUGAAUGGAGUUUUUUUAUGCUCUUUUCUUCCAACUUUGUACUCAACAGAUGUUCUGAAAUUAAUAAAUAUAAACUUUAUCCUUGGAUCCAUCAGUUUAGCAAUAACCGGAGAUCAGCUGAUCAGAUUCGACCCAUCUUUUUCCCUGAUGUUGACCCCCACAGUCUUCCUCCUGGUUCUAACUUUUCUAUGACAGCAGGAGAUUUUCAAGAGAUUUAUUCAGAAUGCAAUACCUGGGACUGUAUUGCUACCUGUUUCUUCAUAGACACAGCUCACAAUGUAAUUGAUUAUAUUGAUACAAUAUGGAAAAUACUCAAGCCAGGUGGAAUUUGGAUAAAUCUAGGUCCUCUGCUGUACCACUUUGAAAAUCUGGCAAAUGAACUUUCCAUAGAAUUGAGCUAUGAGGAUAUAAAAAACGUUGUUCUGCAGUAUGGAUUCAAGGUAGAGGUGGAAAAAGAAUCUGUAUUGUCAACAUAUACUGUGAAUGAUCUCUCUAUGAUGAAAUACUACUAUGAAUGUGUCUUGUUUGUGGUCCGUAAGCCACAAUAAUGGUCUCAAGUGAUACCACCUGGAAAAAAGUUUAGUAAGAACAAAUGCUGAAAUCAACGACUCAAAAUCAACUAUCAGUGAUGACAGGACACAACCUCAAAUCAGUGGUGCCUUCUUAUUCCUAACGAAAUUUAGAAAUAGUGUCUAUUUUCUUAAUAUGUCUAUUGCUUUUUCAGAAAUAUACUAUGCCAUGCAGAUUUGUACUACACAAGUAAAAAUGGAGGAAAUGUCUUGAAGUAUACUUUUUCCUUGAAGCCCAGAAUUGUGUUUCCGUAGGAAAAAAAACCUAAUCUCCAGUGUCUUCAUGAUGCUGUCCAUUGCAAGUCUGCCGAAUUAAUGACUAAUAGUAUUGAAGUCCAUAAUAAUCUUCCUUUUUUUGUUGUUUUGUAUGCAUUGCACAUGUAACUUUUAGAAGAGUCUAAGGAUCCUCAGUCAUAUUCAACAUCUGGAGUUGGGACUUUGUUCACUUUCAAUCUAAGAAAACUAUGCGUAAAAUGUGUCUUUUUUUUUUUUUUCUUCAGAGACAGGAUCCCGCUCUGUCUCCCAGGCCGGAGUGCAGUGGCGCGAUCAUAGCUCACUGUAACCUCAAACUCCUGGACUCAAGCGAUCUUCCUGCCUUAGCCUCCUGAGUAGCUAGGACUAUAGGCAUGUACCACCGCGCCUGGCCUGUGUCUAUUCUUUUAUCAUUCAGAUUAAUUUAAUUUUGUAUUUUCUAGCUCAGAUGAACUUAAAGAAGCAUCAAACAUUUCUUUUUUAUGAAAUGUUAAAUUUAAUAGCAUCACAGGCCGGUAAAAUAUAUUCAAGUAACUGAGAAAUUAUCAGUCUUUUGGCCACAAUAAACUGAACACUUUAUGAAAGCAUACUCAUCAUGGAUCACUUUGAAAUAUACGAGAUCUCAACAUUCAAAGUGAGAAUAAAAAGCCUUUAUUAAAAGUAGUGCUAGGAAACAGAAAAAAAGAAUAAAAUUUACCCAUUUGAAAUAUAUGAUUUUCAGACUCUAAAUGAAUACAGAGUUUGACAGUGUGAUGUUUACAAUAAUGUCUUUUCUUUAGAUUAUCUGGAUUAUGAAAGCAAGCACUUUUUUCAUUAAAACAAUUAUAUACUAGGAAAAACUGUCAUAAUAGUAUUAAUGUGGGGAAUUUUGAUUAUGAAAUUCAGGGAUAAAUUACUGCCCAUGGUCUGUGUCUUCAAUAUUGUAAGCAGCAGCCAUCAUGUAAUUUCAGAUUAAUACCAAUUUUGUUCCCUGAUAGAUGGAGCUUAAAUAGUAUAUGCUGCUUUAAAUUUCUACCUCUAGCAGAUCUUUAUUGGAGGGAGUUUUCCUUUAUAUUUUUUAAUGUAUGAUAUUCUGUUUCCAGUAGCUUGGAAAGUAGAGAUGACUAAUGUUUUAGCCUUUUCUUGGAGAAAAGGAAGAACUCUUCUUGAAUAUUUUCACAGAUGAUUGUGAUUGCUUUAAAUGACCUCUGUGGCAAUUUAAAUUAGAUGGAUUUAAUCUCAGUAAUGUGCUGGUCGCAUAAAUGUCAUGUUUUAAUAGGAAAAGUUACUUGUAAAUCUUUAGACCUUUGUUGUCACUUAGGCUGGGGAGUCACUACCCUAUUUGGCAUCUUACUAGUUGGGGGGACCUUUUCCAUGUACAGUGAUGGGACUUUUGUGACCUUUACUCUCACUAUGCAAUAGAGGGUUUCAUGCAGUUAAUUUGACAUGUCAAAACUGGGAAGACUGUAACCUUUUUUUUUUUAAAGAUUUCUCUUUUUUGUGUCCCUCAAUACUUAGCAGAUGUUCAUUUGGUGGAAAUUCUUAUUACUUACAUGAAUGAGUUUGAAUUUAGUGGCAAGGAAGAAAAAAAAACUCCAAUUAUUGUUUUAAAAGAAGAAAACUUGCAAAGUACAUAAGUAUUUUUAAAAAAUCAAUUGAACAGAAAGGAAUGCAUGCUGUUUUUGAAUGGCUUAGACAUGCUUUUUAUUCACUGACUAGUAUUCACUUUUUUACAACUUGUAUUAAAACAAAUGAUCUUUGUUUUUGUCACAGGCAAAAACAGGUUGACACUGGUGGGUUGGCUUUAUUAAUUAAUUUUUUUCUAUUAGGUUUUCUUUAAUAAUGUUAAAUUUCUAAAUUAUAGCAUAUGUUUUAGUUAAUUCUGAAAUCAGUUACUUCAUUUGUUAAUUUAUCCCUCAUAUCAUGAAUAUUGUUUUAUAAAUGUUCUAUACAAAUUUGCAUCACUUUUUUUCUUACAGCUUUUGCAGUUAAUAUAUUCUAAACUUGAAAAUGUGGUAUCAAUCAAUAAUAGAAGUAUCACUGGAGGAUUUAUUUAACUUUGUAUUUCUUAAUUUUAGUCCUAGCUACUAAAGUAUGUAAGCCUUAAAGUUUAAAUGUUUUUCUUAAAUUAGCUGUAUACACAAACAUUUUCAUUCACUUUAUGAAAUGGGAGGAGAUAGUCCAUUGUGCUUAUGUUUUUUUCUUUAAUUUCCAUAUUCUGAAGCAGUGCAGAUAUAGGGUAUGCUAAUCAAGUGAGCAAGGUGGAAUAUGUACAAUAUAAGGAGAAGCUGUAAAAAUCACAGUAUAAAAUUAUGAAGUUUGGUAACUGUAAAAUGUACUGUAUUUAUAUGUAACUCUCAUUCUAAAAGUUGCCACAAAAGCUGAAUUGGAAGCUUCAUGUCUGCAUGAAAUUUCCUAUAUUUUUAAUGUGUAUGAUGAAAUUAAUUUUUCUUGAAUAUUAAAGUCUGCCAAUUGCUACGAAA